AUGGAAGACGCUUCCCAGACCACCAAGAAGAAUCCCCCUGCCGAUAAACAGAAGAAACCACUCAAGACUUCAUCUACACUUUCGCAGAAUCUUGACUCCAAAGCCAUCAUUGAUCAAAUUCUCAGCACCCCUAUCCCCCUAUCUAUUGGUAAUGUCAUUGGUCUAUCAAAAGAAGUUUCCCAGAAUCUCCAAGAAAUGAUGAAACCCAAGCGCGUUAAUUUUGGGCUAGACAACAAACCCCAAAGCUUGACAGCUGAAUCACUUUUUGCCAUCACUCAUGCCGACCUUAUUCGUGUUCCUGUUACCUCUAAUGGCGAAACUAUUACAGCUAUUGUUGAUUCAGGGUCUGCUCUCAAUAUAGUCAGCCGCACUAUUUGGGAAAAUCUCAUUCGCCUUCCCAUGGAUACUAGUAUUUGA